AUGGCAGCAACACCCCGAACCAACACUGCUCGUGUGGACUCAAAUUUUGAUCCUUCGUCUGAAUGGAUACAAGAGGAAGGAUCCGACACUCUCGCCAUCAAUCUUCCAGGGUUUAAGAAAGAAGAGAUUAGGGUUCAGCUUAAUGCCCCUCAGAACUUGAAGAUCACCGGAGAAAGAAACCUCGGCGACAACAAAUGGAGCCGUUUCGAAAAGAAUGUUAAGAUUCCAGACAACUGCGACGUCAAUGGACUAAAGGCUAAAUUCGACAACGGGUUUCUUUACAUCAUAAUGCCCAGCAAAAUCACUCCGGUCCAGCCCCAAGUCCAAACCAUACCAACCCCGGAGGUGCCACCGAGUAAAGAAAAUAAACCGGCGAAUGAACCGAAGCCCCAAAUCCCACCUAAAACAACUCCAAAACCACCACCGAGUCAAAAAUCCGAUGCCAAAAUCCCACCUGAAACAGCUCUCCAAAAACCACCAAGUAAGAAGCCGGUUAACGAACCAGCGUCCCAACCACCACCGAGUCAAAAACCUGAGACCAAAAUCCCACCUGAAACAGCUCUCCAGAAACCAUCAAGUAAGAAGCCGGUUAGCGAAACAGAGUCCCAACCACCACCGAGUCGAAAACCGGUAACUCAACCAGAAACCCCAGUGCAGCUACCUAAACCAACCCUUGCAGACCAACAAAUUAAUGGGAAAGUUGAUGAACCAACAAUAACUCAAAAAGCGCAGGAGAAGGAGAAGGGAAAGGUUGAUGGGUAUGCCGGAGAAAGCGAAAGAAAUGAGACGGCAAAAGGCAAAGAAGGUGGCGAUGAUGGUGUUGGAAGAGUGAAGGAUAGCACAACCGGAUCAGGUGUGGGUGGUGCUGCUACUGUUCUAGCUAGUGAUCUCACCAUGGGACUCUAUGGGCCUAAACAAUUGAUAGUGAACGUUGUUGUGGGAUUCAAAAAGGAUCAACUUAGGGUUCAAGUGGACAGUAAAGGUAACUUGAAAAUUAGUGGACAACGUUUCCUUGAGGGGAACAGAUGGAGUCGUUUCGAGAAGGAUUUUCGUAUGCCAGAGAACUUUCAGAUGAGUGCAGUCCAUUCAAAACUCGUUGGUGGACUCCUCUAUGUUAUAGUUCCGAAGAAAAUAAGUGAACCCACUUUGAAAGUUCCAGCAACUCCAACUGUACAAUCUCCAGCGAAACCUUUGGAGAACAACAAAGAAGAAGCAAAUGGCAGUGUUAUCAAUAAGGGAGCACCCCAACCCCAACCCCAACUCCAAAUGGAGAGCCAAAAGAGUACUGGUCUAGUUGCAGGAGAUGAAAAAAAGGAUAAUAAUUCAUCAGUAAAUGGAAAAGUUGCAGAUAGUAGUACUGAGCCUAACAGUGAUGGAAGGAAGGUUGAAGCAGCAGCUCCACCGGAAAAGGUUGCAGAGUCAGGCAAGCGCAGACGAGAAGGAAGAUUGGAGUUUGGAGUGGCCGGUGGUCUGGUGUCGCGGAUGAAAAAGAGAAGACGGAUGGUUGUGAAUGUUGCAGUAGCCAUUGUGGUGGUGGCAUUGGGGAUUUAUGCAACUUAUAAAUUUAGAUCUGGGAAAGAUUCCCUGGAAAACUAGA